AAUAUUUUUAGAAAAGAAAAAGAUUAGAAAGUACUAUAGAAAACGUCUUUUCAGAAAUGGAAAAGUUAUUUAAAUAUUAGUACUAGUAUUCAUGUAUUUCCCGGCCUCUACAGUACUUUACUAUUUUUAGCAUCUUUUUUACUUGCAUUAUUGUACUCUUUCCUCUUUGAGCUGAAUUCACUCGCCGAAGUUGCUGCAGUGACCGGCUACCGGAGAAAAUGCAUUCGACGAACUUGCUACUCGAAGAACCUGUUCGGAUGGCCUCGAUUCUCGAGCCAUCAAAACCUAAUUUUUUUCCAGCAAUGACCAAGAUUGUUGGCACUCUGGGUCCGAAAUCACGUUCGGUGGAGAUUAUCUCUAGUUGCCUGGAAGCAGGAAUGUCUGUGGCGCGAUUUGACUUUUCAUGGGGUGAUGCUGAAUUUCACCAAGAGACAUUGGAAAAUCUAAGGACAGCUAUCAAAAGAUCUAAGAAGCUCUGUGCGGUUAUGCUAGACACUGGUGGUCCUGAAUUACAAGUUGUCAAUAAGAGCGAACACCCAAUUUCACUCCAAGCAGAUUCCUUAGUUAUCCUAACUCCUGAUCAAGAUAAAGAGGCUACGCCAAAUCUACUGCCAAUUAAUUUUAGUGGCCUAUCAAAGUCAGUGAAGAAUGGAGAUACUAUUUUCAUUGGUCAGUACUUGUUCACGGGAAGUGAGACUACCUCUGUGUGGUUAGAGGUUACAGAGGUGAAUGGAGAGGAUGUUGUUUGCUCGAUUAAAAAUUCUGCCACCUUGGCUGGACCAUUGUACACGCUACAUGUUUCCCAGAUCCGUAUUGACUUGCCAACUCUCACUGACAAAGAUAAAAAGGUUAUAAGCAGUUGGGCUUUUCGAAACAAAAUAGAUAUCCUUUCACUGUCAUACACACGAAAUGCUGAAGAUGUUCGACAUGCUCGUGAAUUUCUAUCCAAGUUGGGAGAUCUUAAUCAAACACAGAUUUUUGCUAAGAUUGAAAAUGUGGAGGGAAUGGGAAACUUUGACGAGAUUCUCAGAGAAGCUGAUGGCAUAAUUCUCUCUCGUGGAAAUUUAGGAAUAGAUCUACCACCUGAGAAGGUGUUUCUGUUUCAAAAGGCAGCUGUUUACAAGUGCAAUAUGGCUGGGAAACCUGCUGUGAUCACUCGUGUUGUGGACAGUAUGACUGAUAACUUGCGACCCACUCGUGCUGAGGCAACAGAUGUUGCCAACGCUGUAUUGGAUGGUAGUGAUGCAAUUCUUCUAGGUGCAGAGACCCUAAGAGGGCUAUAUCCUGUUGAGACUAUUUCCACUGUUGGUAAAAUUUGUGCAGAGGCAGAAAAGGUUUAUAAUCAAGAUGUCUAUUUUAAGAGGGCUGUUAAGUAUGUGGGAGAACCAAUGACUCACUUGGAAUCUAUUGCUUCCUCUGCGGUACGUGCUGCUAUCAAAGUCAAGGCAUCUGUUAUUAUCUGCUUCACUUCUUCAGGGAGAGCUGCAAGAUUGAUAGCUAAGUAUAGGCCAAUGAUGCCAGUAUUGUCUGUUGUCAUUCCUCGUCUCAAAACGAACCAACUCCGCUGGACAUUCAGUGGUGCAUUUCAGGCUAGGCAGUCUCUUAUUAUUAGAGGGAUUUUCCCCAUCCUUGCAGAUCCAAGACAUCCGGCUGAGUCCACAAAUGCAACCGAUGAGUCGGUAUUGAAGGUUGCACUGGACCAUGGGAAAACAGCGGGUGUUAUAAAGCCGCAUGACCGAGUUGUUGUUUUCCAGAAAGUUGGUGACUCAUCUGUAGUGAAGAUUAUUGAACUUGAGAAUUAGGUUUGUACAUCUUUGUAUGUUCACUUGGCUGCACAACAUGAGAGUAUUCUCAAGUUAACAGAAUGCAUGAAAAUCGUCCUCAUGUAGCUAUAAAACCAGUUGAACUGUCACUGUAAUAAUUGAUCCUGUAACAGAUCUAAAUCUCUGUAAGUAACGCUUACCAGUUUGCAUUGUAAGAAUACCAUCUUUUAAGGCAAUGCCCUCUCUAAUAAAUCUUUUUUCUUUCUAAUCCA